AUAUCACUCUGAUUGAACUUAGCUAGACUCGCGGCUUGCUACCUUGUGUGUGUUUCCAGAAACAGUUGUUUACCAUCACUAGCAGUCAGUUAAUAGACACUGUAAUAGCAUCAAAUUACAACUCGAAUUGAAAUAUGACAACGGAAUUGCCACAAUCUACGGACGGGCGGUGUCCAAUGGAAUUACCUUUGGCAACACAGUCUACCCGAUUAAAUCCAGUUAUUGAGAAAUAUGAGUUGGCACUUUUGAUGUUAUUAGGAUUUGCUGGAUUUUCCAUGCUUAUUGGCAUUGCGUACAAUAAUAUCAGACGUUAUGUUUUCAAAGAUUUCCACAGCCUCGAUGUUACAUUUGACGCCGGGGGACGUGUAAGUGUAAGUCUGACGGCAGUAACUGUGACGUCACAGCUCUUAUGGCCUGUAGACUUCCUUCAAAGUCCUACUAUGGCAAGCAAGGUUGGCAUAUCUGGAUCGUUAUUUUACACGCUAGCAAUAGUACUGUCAAUGCUCAUAUUUGCCGUGCUGUGUAUACAGCUCAAAACACGUGCACCAGGAGCAAAAACAUUUCCACAGAUUGCAUACGCACGCUUUGGUAAAAACACGCACAUUUUGUUCUGUGUUGUUGCUCUUUUCACUAAUAUGGUGAUCACAGCAAAUAUGAUCCUUGCAGGUAAAGCAGCAGUUGAAGUUUUAAGCAAAGAUGCCUCAAAUGAAUUUACCCUGAUGAUCCUAGCUGUGUUAUUUGGUUCUUAUUGUCUCAUCGGUGGCCUUGGAACUACUUUUUACAUUUCUUACUUCAACACCGCCCUGAUCUUUAUAACGACAUCGUUGUUCAUCUUGAAACUAACAUACCUUGCGGAACCAGAAGUAGAGGCUGUGACGUCACACAAAUCACUCCACAAUGCUAUGUCUUGUUUGAAAGGACCGGAUGGAAAUACGGACAAUUCUUUUCUCACUUUCCGUAGCAAAUCCGGUAUUAUUUAUGGUGUCGUGACUUUAUUUAUGACUGUUGCAAUUGUCUUUUGCGACCAAGCAAACUGGCAGAGUCGGAUUGCCGCAAAACCACGCGAGGGCAUGUUGGGAUUCCUCAUAGCAGCGUUCCUCUGGUACGCCAUCCCGACGUCAAUUUCUUUUGUGACGUCAAUGACAUAUAAAACAAUGAGCUUCCAGAACGGAACCAAUCUUCUUACUGAUGCAGAAAUAGACGAAGGGUAUAUUACUCCGUACGUGGUACAGACGUUGUUAGGCAAGGAGGGUUGUUUUGUGCUUCUUACUAUGAUAUCGAUGACAUUGAUGUCCACUGGCUCUGGAGAAGUUAUGUCCGUGUCUUCGAUUUUGGUUUACGAUAUCAUCAAGACGCACAUUAUUCCAUUUAGACCCGGUGCGAAACCAACAGAUUGCGUUUUAUGCGGCAAUUCUAAGAUCCCUAUAUCAAAAGACAACGUUCCCAGAGAGCUUUGUGACUGCCCGUCAGUAGUUGACUGUAAGCUGUGUGAUGAGGAUAUCGAAGACCGUGUUAGUGGAAAAGUCAAAAUGGGAUUUCAGUACAAAUGCCCUGUUCAUGGACAAUACCGGCAUUAUGAGGAUCAGUUGAUGCAGUAUAAAUCCUGGUGCAUGAUAUGGGUGGUCAUUGCCAUCAUUCCAUUUGGACUUCUGAUCAUAGGGUCGGGGAUGAAUCUCAACUGGGCUUUCUUGGCCUCCCAGGUUUUCAUUGCUCCGUUUAUUUUGCCUCUGUAUUUUACUAUCGGAUGGGCAGGAGUGACAUCUAAAGGUCUACUAUCAGGUGGAAUAUUGGGUCUUGUAUGCUCUAUAUCGGGUAUGUUGGGUUACGGUUCCACAUACGAAGGAGGAUUGUCAGAUUUCUUUACCAAUACCGCUCAAGACUAUAGUCUAUUGACGGGACUAAUUUCUGGAUUUGUUGUCAGCGCUGUAAUUACUGUGGUAGUUUCACUUUGUGACAGAAAAUCAAAGAAAAAGGUGGCAUUCAACAAACGCUUUCCUUUGGGAAAUCCGGAGCAUGGCACUGACAAAAUAAUGGAAGAAAAGUUAGGUUUUCUAGAAAUUGAGUGGCUUAAAACGAUGAGUAUUGAUAAUCCAUUAAACCCAUACAGAAAUAUUUACAGGAAAGAACUAAAGGAGAUAAAUGCUGGCAGGAUACUCACACUACAUCAUAUGGAAGCAAUUUUCAGGAAAACCAGAUUGCUGUCAAUAACAGGAGUAGUGGUUAGCUUCGUGGUUUUUCUUGUCGUGGUUCCUGGCAUCGCUCUUGGCCAGGCGAUUCUAACUGAAACACAGCUGGGAACCUGGAUAUCGGUAUGUCAGCACUGGUGCCUAAUUGCUACAGUGUUUGUGGUGACAAUACCGCCUCUACAAGAGGGUAUGCAGAUCUGGAGACAAUACAAGGAAAACAAGAAAUUCGUACAAGAGAAUAUAAACGAUGUUUCAAUGCAAAUUGUUUCUAAAUAGCACCGAAGGUAUAUAAUGCAAGUAAUGCUACAAUGUAAUGAUACCUUCAAAAAUCAAGAGCCUCCGUACAAAGGCAUAUUAAGAUGGCUUAUAGCGCUUGAUGAAAUUGUAUUCAGUAAAAUUUUAAAAGGUUUGUAUCUUGUUAAUUAUAUUUAGAAAGUGUGUUAACCUUUACAUUUUUUGAAGGUCUAUCAAAUUUCUAAAUGAUAAAACAAAACAGAUUGUAGUGCCUAUGACAACAAAAACAUAUAGAUCAAUUAACCUUUAGCCUGCUGGCGGUAAGUGAUUCUGCCUUUGCGACCAGUGCAGACCAAGAUCAGCCUGCACAGAUAUGCAUGGUCUGCACUGUUCGCUAUUCAGUCAGUAAAUUUUCAAUCACCACUCCUUCGAAUAAUAAGUUGUACUGAUCAAAUUGAAAGAUGGAACAGUCCAUUUUAGAAAUUUAGCAGGGUGUAGGUUAAAAGAACAAGAUGUCUUACCCGUCAUCAAUAUUUGAGCAAGGCUUAGAAUUAUAGGCAACCUUCGAGUCCAGAUAUUGUUAAUGAGUUUUCUACAAUAUUCACUGCCCGUGGGAACCUUGACACAUAACUGUGAUGCUGUCUUCAACUUGACUUAUGCAUGAAUCGACCAAUGACACACAAAAAGGACAAUACUCCCACCCUAAAAAAGUAUGAAAAAAAACAGUGAAUACAAUGCAGUAAAUUCUUUUGGCUAUAGGGGUUUACCUCUAACUUCAAGCCUUGUUCAAAUAUUGUUGAAUAAGCCAAUUUAUUCCCUUUAGUGACAUAUUUUUGAAGUUAUAGCCUAUAUUGUUCUUAUGUUUUAACUAUGAACUUCCAACAAUGUAUUGGUUUAAAUACGUUCUAGAUGUAAUACAAAGGUACUAACCUCUGAAUAUUAAAGCGAAACAGAUUUGAUGAAAUUUUAUUCCUCACUUUAAGGCAAUAUUUACCCGCAAAUAAGCUGUCCAGAACAAUCACGUCUAGUUAAGACGUUAUUUUUUAUUUGAAACAUAACACCGGCACAAGGUUUAUGCUUAUGGUGACUUUUGAACCGGUUGUACAUUACUUGGUAGAUUUUGUACUUUGUCUAAUAUAGUCAGGUUUAACAGAAAGAGAAUUAUAACAUUAAAAUGAGAAAAAUA